UAUGAAAGCCCUCCUGUUAGGCGCAACCGGGAACCUGGGGUCGCGCCUUGUCCCCGCUCUUCUGGCACAUAACCACCAAGUCUGCGUGUUCGCCCGAAAUCCUCAAAAGUUAAAUGACCUUCUUCCAUCUUCUGUAAUCUCAAAGCUACAGAUUAUACAAGGCGAUGCGACCUCAGAAACAGCCGCAACAUCUGCGCUGACCGUUUCCGAUGCCGAGGUUCUUGUCACUGCUGCUGGGGCAGCUCCACUGCUGGCUUGGCCUAAAAGUAAUGUCAUGGAGAUCGACUCUGCAAUUGUUGCCUCCUUGGAGGUUACUGGUACAAAAAGACGGAUUAGGAGCUGGUUCUUGGCAGGGAUGUUACUCUUGGAUUUACCUGGGAGCGGGGGAAGCCGGAAAUUGUUUGAUUACCUGCCCUUGUAUCCAAAUGAUGUGCACAAAAUUCCACUUCUGGAACAGUCUAAGAAUAUACGGUGGUCGUGUAUUUGUCCUGCGAAGAUGUCGGCGUUCUCUAAAAAGGUUUUAUCCGCAGAGGAGCAUUUUUGAGUCCAGAGUGGCCGCACGCCCCUGAAAGCAAUGGCUUCUGAACCGCCGGGUUGGAAAAGUUCGGCCUUGACACCACUCAUGGGAAAUUAUGUGGAUGUUCUUAGCAACUGUCUAUCCUUGCGAAAUGCAGUAAAGUUUGAGGAUGUCGCAGAGUUCAUUGCUAGUAAUCUCGGAAGUGAAGAGCUUGUAGGGGAACGGGUAGGACUUAUCAAAAUUUAGAUCAUAUGUUUAUUUGGAAUUUUGUGCAGCGAUCCUCUGCCCUGGAAGUCUAGUCUUUUAUUGGUCUUGGGCGGUGGUCACUUUAUCAUGUUCAUCACAAGAUACCAAGCCUUCAACCUCCUCGGUCUUUGGGACGACAUUCAAAGGCUCACAGAUC